CAUUAACAGGACAAAAUAUGACUGGCUCGCCUGGCACAACAUUGACCAUUCCCUGUACUGUUGUGAGCGAAUCAAUAAGUACAGUCUUCUGGACGUUUCAGCCCAGUGACCAGGACAAUGAAACAGAAAAAGUUUUUUCUUUUUCCAAAUAUUACUGGUACUCUUCUUCACCCUCUUUACGAAUUUAUUAUUUGAAUACCUCUGAUAUAGGAUUCUACAGAUGUUGUGCUAACAGUUCAAGUGGCCUUGGACGAAGUACACCGGUAUAUGUUACUCUCAAGGGAAAGCAAAUUAACGUGGACAGGUCAACGUACUCGGUUUACACCGGUGAUGACGUCAUUUUCUCUGUGUCCAUAUUCUCCAUGCCCGACGCCAUGAAUAUCACCUGGAUGUUUAGCACGAUAAAUUCCUAUUCAUAUUACUACUACGCCGCCCUGGAUCUGACGUCAGACGUUCGAUACGAUGGCGGGACCGUGUCGUCACCUUCUCUGGUCAUACGUAACGUCACAUUGUCUGAUGGUGGUUAUUAUCUCCUAGGACUGACCAAUGUUGACGGCACGAUUUACUCGUCAAGGAUUUCUCUAAGUGUUCAAAAAAGUUUACUGGUUAUCACGACUGAACAGCAAUAUUUCUAUGACGUUUACACAGAAUCAACCGUUAAUUUUGAAUUAAAUGUUACAUCUAAUCUACCCGUGUUGUGGGUUUCCUGGGAGAAAAGCGUUGUCUCAUAUUUCUAUAACGCACGUACAGUAAACAUAACAGUCGACAGAAUAUUUGGUGGAACCAUUGACGAUCCUUCUCUUACCAUUAGUAACAUCUCAUUGGCUGACAUCGGCUACUACCGCUUCACUGCCACCAAUGCUGACGGAUCUAGAUCUGUAGUGUUCUAUUUAUCAGUGAACCUCCAUCCACCAACCAUUUAUGUUCCGAGGACAUCCUACACAGUCUAUACGGGGAGUAAUGUUACUUUAGAUGUGAACGUCACGUCCACGCCUAGUCUUACCGAAAUUAUCUGGGAAAGAAGAAAUACGUCUACAUUCUUAUAUAGUCCUAUUGACAUGGCAUAUGAUCGGGUAGAAGGCGGCGAUAUCUCAGUCCCUUCGCUGACCAUCCUUGACGUAGAAGUAUCUGAUAAGACCUAUUACAGAAUGCGGGCAACAAACCGGGACGGUACAACGAUCAGCUCAUUAAUUUAUUUAGACGUAAAUACAAGUUUACUGGUUAUCACGACUGAACAGCAAUAUUUCUAUGACGUUUACACAGAAUCAACCGUUAAUUUUGAAUUAAAUGUUACAUCUAAUCUACCCGUGUUGUGGGUUUCCUGGGAGAAAAGCGUUGUCUCAUAUUUCUAUAACGCAAGUACAGUAAACAUAACAGUCGACAGAAUAUUUGGUGGAACCAUUGACGAUCCUGCUCUUACCAUUAGUAACAUCUCAUUGGCCGACACCGGCUACUACCGCUUCACUGCCACCAAUGCUGGCGGAUCUAGAUCUGUAGUGUUCUAUAUAUCAGUGAACCUCCAUCCACCAACCGUUUAUCUUCCGAGGACAUCCUACACAGUCUAUACGGGGAAUAAUGUUACUUUAGAUGUAAACGUCACGUCCACGCCUAGUCUUACCGAAAUUAUCUGGGAAAGAAGAAAUACGUCUACAUUCUUAUAUAGUCCUAUUGACAUGGCAUAUGAUCGGGUAGAAGGCGGCGAUAUCUCAGUCCCUUCGCUGACCAUCCUUGACGUAGAAGUAUCUGAUAAGACCUAUUACAGAAUGCAGGCAACAAACCGGGACGGUACAACGAUCAGCGCAUUAAUUUAUUUAGACGUAAAUACAAGUUUACUGGUUAUCACGACUGAACAGCAAUAUUUCUAUGACGUUUACACAGAAUCAACCGUUAAUUUUGAAUUAAAUGUUACAUCUAAUCUACCCGUGUUGUGGGUUUCCUGGGAGAAAAGCGUUGUCUCAUAUUUCUAUAACGCAAGUACAGUAAACAUAACAGUCGACAGAAUAUUUGGUGGAACCAUUGACGAUCCUUCUCUUACCAUUAGUAACAUCUCAUUGGCCGACACCGGCUACUACCGCUUCACUGCCACCAAUGCUGGCGGAUCUAGAUCUGUAGUGUUCUAUAUAUCAGUGAACCUCCAUCCACCAACCGUUUAUCUUCCGAGGACAUCCUACACAGUCUAUACGGGGAAUAAUGUUACUUUAGAUGUAAACGUCACGUCCACGCCUAGUCUUACCGAAAUUAUCUGGGAAAGAAGAAAUACGUCUACAUUCUUAUAUAGUCCUAUUGACAUGGCAUAUGAUCGGGUAGAAGGCGGCGAUAUCUCAGUCCCUUCGCUGACCAUCCUUGACGUAGAAGUAUCUGAUAAGACCUAUUACAGAAUGCAGGCAACAAACCGGGACGGUACAACGAUCAGCGCAUUAAUUUAUUUAGACGUAAAUACAAGACCCCCUGUAGUGUCGGUGGGAAAGAUCUCGUUAACAGCUGCGACGAAAGCGUCUCUUUCACUCCAAGUAAACUACACUUCCGGUCCAAAAAUGAAAUCAGUUUCAUGGGAAAAAGGGAGCAGCUUUUACUCUUUUCUGUAUGUCUCAAUGAAUAUAACGACAAACAGUCGCUUCACCGGGGGUACGAUCGAUAGUCCCUCCCUAGAAAUAAGUGAUCUGAAAUUAGAGGAUAGUGGAUAUUACCGAUGCCGUGUUACCAAUAAUGACGGGACCACCACAACGCCUGUGUUUACUGUUCUCGUGCAGAAACAACUAGCAAAUGUCAGUGUAGCAGCCACGACAUACACCGUAUCGAUCGGAAACAAUGCAAUUUUAUAUGUGACUAUCACCAAUUUGGAAAGUAACUCAACUAUCACGUGGGAACGAAAGGGUCAAAAUGAGGCUAAUUACAAUGUUAUCAACACGCAGACAAACGUCAAGUAUGGAGGGGGUACAUUAGUGUCCCCGUCUCUUACCAUUUACAACAUCACAGAGGCUGAUGUUGGGUAUUAUCGCUGUAAAGUUACAAAUAUAGAUGGUACAACGACCAGCUCAUUGAUUUAUAUCGGUCUAAAGAGUCCCGACGAUUCUAGUUGUGACAAGCUGAGCUGUGGAGGUCUCAGAGAAUGUGUUUUAAUGAACAAUAAACCUACCUGUUCUGUGUCGACCUGGAAAGCGGCAGCUGUGGCGGUAGCAGGUACUGUGGGCGCCGCCGCUUCUGUGGCUGCGGGGGUGGCUGUCUUAAAGUCACUGACAAGCAAGGCAAUACAGCCAAUAAAUGGGAAAUCCCAAGGAUCCAACUCAAACUCAAAUAACAGGAACAACAGAAACAACAAUGAUAACAACGAUCAUAACAGUGACAACAACAGCGACAGAGAGAGUAACCAUGACGACGACAUGCCGGACACAGUCUACAUCGGGGGGUUCCAGGGGGUCAUCAACUCCAUGCCUCCUCCAAAUAUGUAAUCCAGUCGUGUCUGAUUGACCAAAGUCUAAAUGGUCGUUAAGGGGCAUCUGGUCAUGAUUUCGGUCAAAUAUUAUUAUAAGACAUUUAUAAUAGGCAACUAAAAUUUAAGUGUCAUUUGUUGAGGUAUAAGACAGUUACAGAGUUAGCAAUUUUUUUGCUAUAUAAACAAAGCUUUCGUUGACAUUUUGAAUGUUGAAGUGAAAAUUUCUGUUUUCGACCUAAAAUAUUUGCGUAUUAUUUAAGCUUAAAAUAAAUAGGAAGAUGAAGCACUACCUUAAAAAAUAUUUUUUUUACUGCCAUUGUGAACCUAUGUAAACAAAAAAAAAAACCAAGACACGAGCCUUGUUCACAUAACAAAGAAUUGAGAGCCCUGUAUCUUGCUUAUAAUCCUAGGACUGACUCUCAAAUUAUAUUUGAUCAUUAGAAAUGCAUUUUUAAAGCAUUGUUAAUAAUAAUAACAGAAAGGUAUUUGAGCAAAAUCGUGACCAUGCCCCUUAACGAGGCCGAGUACAGAACGAGUACGCACGCUUUCGCGCAGCGUUUCUUUUGUAUUGUGACGUCAUCUUUUUGCUUUGUUGACGCCAUGGCGUGAUAGUUUCAACUGCAGAUAUUCAGCGAAAUUUGUUGAAAAUAGCUCGUUUGAUGUGUAAAAUUGAUAUUAUAUUGUGGAAUAAGCAUAAAUGUCUCGAAGUAUAAGCUAUAUUUGGGCCCAGGUCGAAAACGUGAAGGGGGUUCGGCAAGCCUAACCCUCUGUCACGUUUUCUUAACCCGCCUAAAUAUCGCUUAAUUCAUUUAUUUCAAGACAUUAACCAUGUAUUAUAUACUUAUUACCCUUGAUAUGUGAUGUUAUAUAUUUAUUUAUUGCUAAAAUAUGUCUUAAUGUUUUAAUAAUACAAUAAAGAUCACCAUUUCCGUCUUUGUCAAAUAAAAAAUAGCUAUUAUCUGACAAACUGGGAAAUUGGGCGUAUAAAAAAUAACUUUGAUAAGACCCCUGGAAUAAAUCAGAAGGUAAAAGGUUUUUUUACUUGACAAUUUGAUGCCUUUUAGCAAUAAUUUUAAUAUGCAGAACAGAAAAAGAAAUCCCUAGGGCAGAAGUUUAAAAAAUGUGCAAAUUUCGUACAAUUCAAGAAAAAUCCCAUUGGGUCCUAUUUUAAAAUUAACAAACUUUGAGAUGACCCCUUAAACAAACGGUGUGGUAAAUGUCUUAUUUUUUUAUCUUAAAAUAAUAAUUAUAUCAGUAGAAAUUCUUGUAAAAAAUUUCAUUCAAAAAUCUAGGGCAGAAAAAAUUAGACCCGGCCUCGUUAAAACUUUGAUACAUUUUACUUUACUACAUGUAGCAGCAUUAGUUAUGUGAUUAUCGUUUGAUAAUGCAAGCUUAAAUUAGCUUAUUCAAUACACGUGCACUACACUGGGUGUCUGAUUUAGAUUUAAUUAG